AUGCACCAUUUUACGCAGCUUUGUUGUUUCCAUUUUUAUGGCACAGUGAAAUAGCCUAUCGAUUGUCCUAUUUCAACUUCGGUCAAGAUUGGAUUCUCUCUCUCUCUCUCUCUCUCUGAAACCGGGGCUGUGCAUCUUCUUCUCCUCCUCCUGUGGGGUCGCUGAAGUGGGGGAGUCGCGGGUCGGAGUGCGCAAAGCAAAAAAAAAUUACGCAGUUUUUCCAGACGGCGCGCAGGUGGAGGCGAAAGAAGGAAGCAGGACGCACGGACGGAACGGGUUUUUUCUCUCAGAUUUUUUAUUUUUUCCUCCACGUUAAAGGAACGGUCUCUUCCCCCCUCUUCCUCCCUUCCCGUCACCUUCUAAACAUCGGCUCGAUCUGGCGCAUCCCACCCGGGUUCUUUUCCUCUCCCUCCUCUCUCAUCCUCUACGACAAAAAGUUUGACUGUUAAAAAAUGAUGCUCCGCUCCGCUGGUGCUUUUUCACGCACUGCUGUGGAUUCCGGCGUCAGCGCAAGUGGCCAGUCAUCACUUGAGAAAUAGCUGCGAUUCUUCUUUUUUUUAAGUCCCCUUUUCUUUUUUUUUUUUCUCAGAAUUUGCGGUGCCAAUUUCCAGCAAACAGAGGGCUUUUUAUUCCCCCCCACCCACCCCCUUUUUGCACAUCCUCAUCACCGCUCGCCCCGGGAUUGCAUCUAUUUGAAUUCAUCUCCGUUAUGGACUUCCUCGGACUGUACUUUUUGCAGCUGGCUCUCAUCGGAGUCCCUCGUCUGGCUCUGUCUGCGGGUGGGAGGGACUGCCUUCGCGCCGGAGACACCUGCUCCAGCGACGACACCUGCAGCCCGCGACUGCGCACCCUCAGGCAGUGCGUGGCCGGGGACGGCAGCGUGAAGCUGGGCCCCGGGGCGCGGAACCAGUGCGAGAACGCCAUGACGGCCCUGCUGUCCACCCCUCUGCACGGCUGCCAGUGUAAACGAGGCAUGAAGAAGGAGAAGAACUGCCUGAGCAUCUACUGGAGCCUGCACCAGUCCGUGCUGCACGGACUGAGCCUGGUGGAGGAUUACCCGUAUGAACCGGAGGAGAGAGGCUCCGACUACGUUCGUCUGGCCUCCAUCGCUGCAGAGUCGGAAGUAACGACAGUGAACCGCUGCCUGGAUGCUGCCAAGGCGUGCAACAUAGAUGAGACAUGUCAGAAGCUUCGUACAGAGUAUGUCUCGGCCUGCAUCCAGCCGUCAGCCCGCUCGGGGCCGUGUAACCGACCGAAGUGCAACAAGGCGCUGAGGAAGUUCUUUGACCGUGUUCCCCCCGACUACACCCAUGAGCUGCUGUUUUGUCCCUGCACUGACACGGCCUGCGCAGAGCGCCGCAGGCAAACCAUCGUCCCGUCCUGCUCCUACGAAGACAAAGACAAGCCCAACUGCCUGGCUCAGCUGCGGAUCUGCAAGGCGGACUACGUGUGCAGGUCUCGCUGGGCACAGUUCCAGUAUGAUUGCCAGCCCUCGGAGCAGAGCGCCAGUGGCUGCAAGCAGGAGAACUACGGAGCAUGUCUACUUGCAUACACCGGCCUGAUAGGAAGCACAAUAACUCCCAACUACCUUGACAACUCCACAUCCAACGUGGGGCCCUGGUGCUCCUGUGCAGCGAGCGGCAACCACAGGGAACAAUGCAACGACUUCCUCACCUUUUUCCACGACAACAUCUGUCUGAAAAACGCCAUCCUGGCCUUUGGAAACGGAUCGGAUGUGAAGACAGGUGCCAGCCAGCCCGGGAUGCCCAGUCCAGCAACCGACAACCAGAGCCCACACUUGGCAACCACCGCCCCAGGCGUCUCUAUGGAAACAGAGCAGAACAUUCUGCGAGCACAGAUACCUACUCAGGUGAGACGAGACGGAAGACUGGAAAUGUGAUGUACAACCUUCUCCAAACACACAGGCACUA